AUGCCAGACAGACCAGCUCAAGGUUCCUUUGCGCGAACCAAUCCUUUUGACAGAGAAACUGUUGAAGAUCAGUUCAGUCCGAUUUCGGCGGUAUACAAUGUAGGCUACUCACAGGAGGUAUACGAAUCGACACAACCCAUUCGGGAUCACUUCUUUGAUAAUCUGCUGAUUGACUUGGAUUCGACUUCCACAGUGGAAGAAUUGCAGGAGGCGAUUAUGCGGUGCAAACACCUGUUCUUAGCCACCCCGGUUGAGCUUGAGUCCAAGCGAACUCGCCUUUUAAAUCGGCUAUUCGUGCUGCGUCGGAUGUUACACAAUCUCAAAGAAGCAGGCCUUCUUGAUGAGGCGCAGCACGUCAGCCGGAAGUCCCGGAUUGCAUCAGCGACAUCUUCACCCACUGGCCACUUUUCCACCUUAUUUUUUCCGUUCAGACACACGCGCUCAUCUUCCGUGCACUCGUUGCCCCUUUUGUCUGGGCAGACGGAUCGAACCUCACCGAGAUCAGACGUCUCCCAUCGUGGUGGGCACGAUUUCCACUCCGUAUUUCCUCUCCGUUUCCUCGGAGUCCUUUGCGAAUACUGCAUGCGACCCAUCCGCGAUCUUUCAAGACGCAUUGUUCAUUGCUCUGUAUGUCACAUCGUGUGCCACAUGCAGCAUUGUCACCGUAGUCUUACGCGCCGUUGCCCAAGAGUUAUGGAGAGCGCCGCUCAGUCCACUGUCAUCUGCCCUUCACUUGUCUCUCGAAUGCCGAUUCCAGCUCAACACUCCUCUCUCGGCAGUUCGGAGAAUGUUUGCGCCCUCAGUCAAACAGAGGGCUCUAGCGAAAACGUGGGUGUUUAUCGUGACGACUUGAGGAGCUUUGCUACAAACCCAAUGAAGACCUUUGAUUUUCGGCAUUUGCAGGUCACCAACCUUUCUUAUCUUGGCGCUAGCUUAUCCGCGCAACAUUGGGCUUGUUUUGAAUGUCGCCGACCUAUUAAAUGUAUUCCUUCAAGCUACACUGUGGUCGCCGAGCACUCCAUGAUGGAUACUUUAAUUCAAAGAACCAGUGAAGUUUUAGAAUCUGGUGUUGCUUCGCUGACAAAGAAGGCUACGGACUUUGAACAACAUCAGCAUGCAUCUCCGAACUGGACGCCGCAGCUCAACACUCAAAUUCCUUUUUUGUCAGAUCAGGUGAAUCGAUUACUAACACCUGACCCGAUUAUUGUGACAUCGCACCAACACAACAGAAUGGAAUUUCACUGGGCUUGCUCUUCUGGCUCGGAAGACUUCGGCCCCGUACAAACAUGGGAGGACAUUCGCGUUUUGGAAGCUAUCAAUCGGUUUCGCGCUGGUUCGGCACAGCCGUUUCCAGUGAAACUGCACUUCAGGAAGCCGGCAGGAAAUGGUGUUCCUGAAGUGGUACCGCAGGUGUGCGCUUCUGGCGGAUUCGAUCAGGCUCGUUUGUGCUAUUACACUGGACACUUUUAUUGCUCUCGAUGCCAUUGGUCAGAUUCGUACAUUAUUCCUGCUUGCGUGUUUAUCCUUGGGGACUACCGACCAAAGCCAGUUUGUCGGUCAGCCUUCUUGUGGCUCACUUAUAGUUGGUCACGUCACCUGUUUCGUGUUCCUGACGCAUGGUACCGUUAUGAGCCGGCAGCGAGAAAGGUGUGUGCACUUAGACUCCGCGUUUUCCGGCUCAAACUUUACCUGGAUUGUUGUGAGAAACUCCGCAGUCUACAGUCAUCAUUCGGAUUUUCCGACACUUACUGGUUUUUGGAACAACCUUACACGUUCACUAUGGAACUGGUGAGCUCUGUGUUGGACAGCACUUUGGCAACCAAGUUAACUAAUUUUUUGGCUAAAGCUGCUGAACACAUCGAUUUAUGCCAAAUUUGUUUGUCGAGCGUGUCCGAACGCUGUUGUGUGUGUGAUCGUGGCCCCAUUCGUGUUUAUAAUCCCGAAGCCACCUUUUGCCGCACUUGUCAUCGAGUUUGCCAUCGUUCCUGCAUCCCCAUUUCUUCUACUAAUGCCUAUUCGCCUGAAUCUCCACAGGAUGAAACGCCUUCAUCCCAUGCUGAUUGGUUAGAAGUGUUAUCCCCUGCGGUCCGGACUUUUUGUCCUGAGUGUGCGCGUACCCGUGGGCGGUAGUCCUUCGGCUGUGAUUUGCAAUGUUUUGUAUUACUGUUAUUUUUUUAAACUUUUGUAUCGCCCUAAUUAUUGUCUUACUUUCACUUGUUCUCCAGUGUGCCUCCGUUGACAUAGUUUAUUUUCGAUCAAUCACUAUGUCGCUCCAUGGAAUCUCGACUGUGUAAAUACAUUCACACGGU